AUGAGGUUCAUGCUAAGGUUAGUUAUGUUGCUUGGUGUCCCCGUUGUAUUUGCGGAUGUGGCUACUAUUGAUAACAAACCACUGUCUAACAAAACAGUAGAGAGCAUUUGUGAUUUGUCAAAGAUGUUGAAAUUUGGGGUUCGUGCUUAUGUCCUCAGUAAGACAAGGGAAGUGGAAGAGAAGUUGAAAGAGGUGACAAUAGUAGGGAAUUAUGCGAAGCUGAAGAUGCUGACGGGUAAUUUAAGUGGCUUUGAGUGCGCCCAAAAGAAAAUAUACGUUACACAUACACUGGAAACGAAAAGGGCAAGGAUCAGUGAUUUGUUUAGGGACAUGUGGAGCACAGGGGCGAAGCUGGUAGGCUCGUCAGGUCUUGUAGCAGGGAGGUUGGACGAGUUGGUAAAUGUGUUUGCAAGUGCAUGGGCGAACGAAAGUCAUUACUGUGCCCAAGGCUUUAAAAAAAUUGUUACUUGCAAUACAUCAAAAGAUAGUAGUGUGUCCUUAGAAGAUUUUGACCGCAAGGGUCUAGCAAGUAUUGUGGAUGAAACACUCAGCAUUAACAGCGAUGAAGUGUUAGAAAACAAGAGCACUAGUUGCCUGCUAACUCAGGGGUUCAAUGGGGGAGGAUAUCUGAAAUACUCAAACAGCCAAGAUCAAACUAAGAGUUCCGGACUGAAAAGGAAUCUUGUUUGGGGUGACGGAAUAUUUGGUAUCAGGAGAGACGGAAAUGGUAGUACCUCGUCUCAAGGUAUUGUUUCUAGUGCAGAGUAUCCGACGGAUGUCAUGUGGGAGCACCAGCCAUCAAAAAUGAUUCCCAUUAUCAAAUCGACAGUGAAAGAUUUUGUAGACUUUCAAAAAGGCUUUAAGGAAAUUGGCGUUGAGUUGAGGGCCCUUUUUAAGGAGUUGAAAGCGAAGGGUAUGAUGACCACUGUGGCUGACAGUGAUAUUGCCGACAGUGAUCAGCAGCUACUGAACCACAAUUUCAAGAUGUGCGGGAAGUUUUCUGUUGGAAAGGGAGAUUAUUUUAAAGGGAGUGGGGUAGUGGGUCAUACCACGUUGGGUGGAAACUGCAUGCGUGCUGUUUUUUUUGUAUUCUCUGUGGUAUUGUGGUAA